CAUAGUCAGUUACUCAGUAUACGCGGCUCGGUAAUGCCGUGACCACGUUUCUGUUUAUUAUCAUUUAUAAAAGAUAAAAGUGUUCUAAUUUCAAAACUUCAAAUAAUUCCAUUUUGUGUAUCAUAUUAAAAAAAAGUAAAAAUUACUUUUUAAAUUAAGAAAAAGGAACUAUGUAUAUGGUAAUUUUUUUAUCAUCGAUUGGUGCAGUAGCACUUUGCCGGAUAGUCAUAGAUUCCCUAUGGAGUCCAUUGGAGGAGAUAACAUCUUAUUUAAUGCCCUACUUCUUACCUUCGGAAGUGCAGCCGUUGACAAAAAAGUUUGGUGUUUGGGCAGCCGUAACGGGCAGUUCGGACGGCAUCGGUAAACAGUACGCUUUGGAGCUGGCGCGGCGGGGCUGCAACGUGAUACUCAUCAGUCGGAACCCUGACAAACUGAGGGCGGUCGCUGACCAAAUUGAGAGGGAGCACAAGGUGAAGACAAAAAUAAUAAUCGCUGACUUCAGCCUGGGUGCUGAAGUAUACCCGAAGAUAGAGCAGGAGCUGAAGGAUAUACCUAUAGGAAUAUUAGUGAACAAUGUCGGUAUGAAUUAUGAUUAUCCUAUGCGAUUAUGUGAGCUGCCGUCCUCUAAAAUGUGGGACGUGAUCAAUGUGAACGUGGGCGCCGUGACCGCAAUGUCCAGGAUGGUGUUGCCCGGGAUGGUCAGCAGGGGGCGCGGCGCAGUCGUCAACGUGUCGUCCGGCUCUGAGCUGCAGCCGCUACCGCUGAUGACCGUGUAUGCUGCCACAAAAGCGUACGUCCGCAGCUUCACCCUCGCGCUGCGCGAGGAGUACGCUUCCAAGGGCAUCUACAUCCAGCACCUGUCGCCACUCUUCGUCUCCACGAAGAUCAACUCGUUCUCGCAGCGGCUGAUGGAGGGCAACCUACUCGUGCCUGACGCUGCCACGUUCUCGAGACACGCCGUCGAGACUCUCGGCAAAGUACACAAUACUACGGGAUUCUGGAUCCAUGGUAUACAGUAUUUUUUUAUAAAACUGGCUCCGGAGUGGAUGAGGACGAAGAUCGGUCUGCACAUGAACAAGGGGUUCUGGAGAGAGUACAGGCAGAACCAAGUUAAAUCGAAUUAAUAGGUACAAUGUUAGUCAUAAACUGGCUAUCUUAUUCGUAAAAAUAUCAAAUCUCUCAUAAAAUAAACUUAUUUUAGCUAUUGAUCUGUUUUGUCUCUUUCUUCUACAUUAACUUCCCAAUUUGAAAGAAAGUGACAAAACAGUGCAAUAGUUAAAAGAUGUCUGUAGGAUAUUUUAGUUUUUAUGAAUAAGAUUGUUAGAACGUAGUAGGAAAUGUCUGCGUGUGCGCUGCACCGAAAUAUAACAAAACAAGAAUAUGAUUGUAAAUAUAACGAAAUUUUGCUCCACAAAAAAAAAAUCUUUAUUUCAAACAGUGAAUUAUAAAAUUGAUUAACAACGGUCCCCAUAUGGGUCGAGCCUGUAUCUGGGGAACCUAUUAAAUACCAACUACAAUGGUGAUAAAACCGAUUUAGAUGAAAUCUCUUUUCAAUUCAAAUUAAAAGUAUAUCCUUUCAAACAAAGAAAAAAUAAUUUACCAAAUCGGUUUAUAAUUGACCAAGUUCUGAGGCAAAAGCAUAAAAAAAAACACUCUAAUUGGUAACAUCCUGCUCUCUGACAUCGGUACGACCUUUAUAAUGGGCAUCCUCAGCUGCUGUCAUCCGCAUAACAAUGCACGUCACCUCAGGACAACAUAUCACUAAUAUGCAGUAGGAACAACCUCGAGGAUAGCACAGAGUCCUGCGGGACACCAGCGUUAAUGUCCAUGCUUUCGGAUCAGCAACCAUCAACAGCGGUUUUUAUGCAUCUGCCGGACAAAAAACUGGCGACCCAUUCGCAAAAGUUGUCGGGAAGUCCAUAGUAGGGCAAUUUCGAUAGAAGACCCCGAUGCCGGACCCGGUCAAAGCCUUUGAUUAUUGGCAUAGGUUACAAUAUCAAUGUAACCUAUGUCUAGUUGCGAGUCAUAUAAAACUACUCCCACUUGAAAGUUUUUGUAAAGGACUACGCACGAAUUUAUGAGGUUGAAGUGGCCUUAAAUGUUUUGUUGUGUACUUAUCAUCAUAUCAGCCUCUAACUGUCCACUGCUGAACAUAAGCCUCUCCCUUGAGGGGGUUUGCCAGUAGUUGCCACGCUUGGCAGGCGGAUUGGCAACCUCAAUUAGACUUUGGAGAUGUUUUAAGACGUAUACUGUUGCCUUAAAAUAAUACUUAAAAUAAUAGAGAAUAGAAGAGGCAAAAUGCUGGGCCACCUUAUACGACAUGACGAUUUUUUUAAGAGCAUAGUAGAAGGAAAAAUAGAGGGCAAAAGAGGAAGAGGAAGACCGAGGAAUAACUACAUGGGACAGAUAAAGGGAACACUAGGUGUCACGUCGUAUAGGGAGAUAAAGGAUAUGGCCUGGGAUAGAGCUGGCUGGAAGAAGAUGCAUGAAUUAGUUGCACCGACAAGAGGAAACUCUUAAAUGAAAAAAAAAAACUGUUGCCUAUCUUCGCCCUCCCUUAGUCACCUAUUACGACGCUGCGGGAAAGGAGAGGGUGGCCUAUUCUAUGCCGGGACCACACGGCAGUUAUGUACUUAUAAAGUAGGUAAAUAAAUAACAAUAAAUAAAUACACUACCAGCGAGUGUAGCGGUUUCAGGAAAUAAUACUCGUAUUGGAAAUGGAAGGAAGGAAUGCGGUGAAGGUGGUGGUAUACAUUCUAGUAGAAAAAAAAAACAAUAACAAAUGGAGUAGUUGAAUUAAUAUUAAUUAAAUUUGGAUAGUCGACUAUUGUCUAUGUGGUGACCGUAGACUCAAUUUGUCAUUUUUUUUUUAUUAUAAUCAGUAUUUAAAAGUGCCAAGUGCGGUACGUUCAGAAAUUAGAAAUGGCCAUAUCUUUUAUGGGUCGAUCUUUUGAUACAUUUUGACUGACAAUUUAGCGAAUUAAUUUAAAUAAAUCUACUGAUUAGUUGAAUGUAAACGAAGUCCCAUACUCACCUAAGUCUGCUCAAUGUCUGAAAGGUAAUAAUAAAGUCUGUAAGAUCAAUUAAUGGUACCGAAUGAGAUUUCUUUUGAGUUCCGUACCAAAUAUUAGAAAGCGACCUCUAUGCUUGUUAAUGAAUUUUAUAUGCAAGUUGAGAUAUUGUGGAAACGGAUUCAAUAGUUAAUGUUUUAUUAAGUUUUAUUUUUGUAUAUAAAUAAAUAUUAUUAUUUUCUU